GUAUAUUUUAAGGUAGGAAAGAAUAAGGAUGAGUACUUUCAACACAGUAAUCUUAUUCAACAAGUAGACAAGACAAUUUAUGUCUUUAAAGAGCUAUUCUCUAGGGCAACUACACUUUUUACAUUUGAUAAUGUUACAACACACUCAAAACAGUACUCAAAUACUUUAUCUGUAUACUAUAUACUUAGAAAUACUUGUUAUUAG